AUGCAAGUAAAAUAUUUACUUUAUGUAUCUACCUAUUCAAAAGACAUUUUUAGUAAUUCUGAAUUGUUUAUUUUGUUAUAAUUUUUUAGAGAUUAAACUGAAUAGACCGAUUUUGUAAAUACUAAGGUCGAACUUGAAAAUUCAGAAACUGAGAAGUUUCAGAGAAAUUGUAAUAGUUCAAAAUAAAAUAUUUAAAGGUAUGUUUCAUGGUUUAUAAUUUAGUUCUUUAGACAAAAUAAAAGAUGAUUUAGGAUUAAGCAUCUAAACUUGA